AUGGAGGCCCAGACAUCCCACGAGAAGAACCGUCUGCAGACCAUCGAGCAGAAGGUCAAAGACGUGGAGCACAAGCUCAACACGCGACUUCCAGCCCAGUACCGUCACGUUGCCGCUAUGGUGUGCGGUACCAAGUGGCGUCUUCUGACAUUCAAGCCACAAGACGCCGCCUCCGUCGUCAAGAAGAUGCGUCUGGAGCUCGGAGCCUUCGACUACCGCGUUAAGGAGCAGGCGGAGCUGCUCACACGCUACCUGAUCGACUUGGACGGUGUAUUGAGCUACGGAGACGCCGACAUCAAGAACGCUCGCAAGGCAUUGGUAGUGUUCAUCCAGCAGCUGCUGCCUCAGGCCGACGCCUUCAAGGAGCGCAGUGCCAAACUCAAACAAUGGUUGCUUCAUGACGACGCCUGCCAGUUCCGAGAGAGCAUAUUGCUCGACAAUUGUUAG